AUGUCCGGUUGCUUGUCGUCAUCUAUGACAGGAUCGACAGAUGCGGGGCCGCUGCAGCCCCAGGAAGAACCCGCUUCGCUUCCCGUCGCUCGACCAUCGUCCUUGUCGGAGGACAACGGUUCGUCCGCACGGCGAGGUAGUCGUCAUCGUCACCAGUCGCGACGUAGGAUGACGUCCGCUCCGCCGUCUGGGCAAGCAAUACAAUUGACACCUCUUUGGGAACACGUGGUGCGUACGCGUAGGUUUCCGUCCGAAGUCGACACGCAGGCCACCUUCAUCGAGAUCUCCGAGAGACUUCGGGAUCCGGAAUGGGAGGUUCGCCAACACGCCCUGCGGGUGCUGAUGGACGUUUUACCAACGUUGAACACCGAUGUCGUUGACAAGGUCAUGCAACCAGUGGUGCCGGAGCUGAUCAAUAAUUUGGGACAUCCAGCGCCGGCGGUUCGUAAGGGCGCCUUGGACACGCUGCGGGUCUACCUGGUUCAUAGCCCCAACAGAGAAAACAUGGUUAAAAACAUCCUUCACGACGGUUUGAAUCGCCCGGAUGCUCAUAAUCCGUUUCAAACAAACGUGACGACAGGCGUGAUCCUGAGCGCACCUCUACUGCUCUUUCCAUCCUCGAAUAGUCCUCCUCCAACAACGCAGAUCCUGAAGGAUGCCACGAUCGCCUUCGCCUCGCGAUUGGUCCAGGUACCACAUCAAGAAGCCGUUCUGAAAUCUCUCAUGAAGAUCCGUGACGCAGUCGGUGAGGAAGAAUUCGAGAGUUACUUGGCAGAUUAUGACGACAAGUUUAAGAAGAACAUCGAUGUUCUCUCCAAAAUCUACAAUAUCAAGUCGACCAAAAAGAAGCAAGAUAAGAAUCGCAAGCAGGACAUUAUGAAGGCUGAUAAGAAAGAGCGCACCUUCGACAAAUCCUGGGAUAGCGACAGCGACACUUCUGGUAUCGCCGAGGAGGAAGACGAGAUACCACCGUCGAGAGUCGUUCUAGAGACCGAGAUCAAGUUCAACGAGGAGACGGCCAUCACGAUGACAAUCCUGGAGGAAAAGGACGAUGAUGAUAGCGAGGACAACGAAGGGAAGAAAAACAAGAUUGGUAACGAUAUGAUGAACGGGAUCAUUGAGGAAUCAUCGUCCGCAGAUAAACGCAGGACACCCAGACGCGUCCACUUUGGCGGCGAGAUCGUGAAGCUAAGGACACCCGACAGCGACGAUACAGAAUCGAUCGAGAUAACGCCCAAGACGAGGAUCCCACUUCCGGUGUCGCCGGCCACAAAGAUGCCGGAAAUGAUGAGGAGACGACCAUCAUCGCAACCCUGCAGUCCUCACAUAGAGAAGCGAGGAUCAAGGAGGGCUUCCAGGUCGGCAUCCAGCAGUCCCAAGAGAGAGUACACGCACAACGCGCAGCUGAGUCCUAAGAAGAGUAUUCUGACGAAGACAGGUGGACCUUUAAUUGUAAUCAAUUCGGCGACGCCGACGGAAGAAAUGAAGAACGCGAAGAAAAUUAAAAAAAGUAGUGAAACGAUUCUAGAAAGUGAAGCCCCUCGCAGUAGUUUGCAAGAAACUAAUGAAAUAUCAAAGAAAGAAGAAAUUAUAUUAGUUCAGACUACUCCACCGUCAGCAAAUAGUGAAGACAACUUGACAAUAAAGAGCAAGGAUGAAAAUGAUCUGUCUAAAUCAGUUCAGGUUGCAACGAUAGAAGUCUCGAAAAAUAUAUCUUUGAAGGGGGAGCAAGCGAUGAUUCUUAAGAGAGACAGUAACGCGGACACGAUUGAUCCGAACAGAAGCAAUAUUUCUGAAGCCUCUUCGAGGCAAGAGAGGAAUUACGUGACGACAAAAUCAUCAAGUCCAGAACGGAAGAAGACACUCCGAGAUAAGGACGACAGCUUCGAGUUAGAAAGGGAAUGUUUGAACGAACAGAAGUUGUCGGGAAACAGUUUGUCUCGCAGGUCCAACAGUUUCCCUUUCGGAUCGCCAGUAAACGAGUGCAAUGCUCAAAUAGAUCGUCUGAUCGACGACGACUUCAUCGACGAUGACGACGAAGACGAUGAACGGGACGUGCGUACCUGCGGCAUGAUUACGGACGAUCGUGCGGUGACUGUUGUGAACGGCGAGGGACGAAAAGAGUGGCGCAGCCAGUACGAUAAAAAGGAAGGGAAUGCGUUGGAGGGGAACGAAAGUGUCACUUGUAGUAGCAGCGAGGGCGAGGGCAAACCGCAGGAACCCAGCUGGGAGGAAUUGGGGUUGGUUGGCCAGGAGGUGUUGGAUGACCUGCACAACAAGGACGACUGGCGAGCUCGUGUCAGAGGUCUGGAAAGAGUUGCGUCGGCUCUGCGAACGUCCUCGGCGCUAAUCGCGAUAGAGUCGCGAUUAGGAUCGCUCUUGCAUGCGGUGCUCGGCGGCGAAAGGAGCUGCCGCGUGGCCGCCGCCGGCUUAGCGGUAGCGAAGGUUGUGGUCGCCGGUGUCUCGGAGGAUGCACUAAGAAAGAAAUUGCCGCAGCUGGCCUGGGGCCUGGCUAGACAGGGUGGUCCAUCCGCGGCGCAGAUCGCUCGAAUCGCGAUGUUACGGCUCAAACCUAGCCUGCUCUUGGAACAAUUACUGCAGCCGCAUUGUCUGAGCGCCAGAAACACUAAGACAAGAGAGAACGCGUUGCAGCUGCUGAUCUUCUCGCUGGUGACGUUUCCCAGCACCGAGUUCAAGCUGGAAAUCGUGGCCAGCCGAGUGGCGGCGAUGGUCGCAGAUCGGCGACGCAGAGUACGCCAGGCUGCGCUCGACACCUUGGCUGUUUUAGGACAGAUCUACGAUUCCGAGGAGGUCAUUGAAGCGGGAAGACGGGCGGGUGAAGGAAAUCCCGACGCCGAGGCGAUGCUGGCCGCCAUCAGAGCACGGCUGGCUAGGAAGUCACUACCCCUGGUGUCGGCCGAUGGUCUCGUGGUGUACGGUUUGCAAAUUUCACCGACUGUUCAGAUCGCUACUGGUCCUGAUGUCGAUUGGAUCGUGGCGGGAAGCGGUUCAGUCUCACCUGGCACUGGUCGUAGUAGAGGUCAGAUUAUCGCCACGUCCAGAUCGGCACAGGGUAGAGCAUCCAGAAACGAUUUUCUAAAUAACCGCGAGAGUCCGUGGAUAGAGAGACCCAAUCUCGUUGCCUUGGGUGUCGGACUACAAUCCAAGACUGAGCAAUCGACGGCCUGGCAGUCGCAAACUAACAACAAUGAAAAUGAUAUAAAAGGACUGAAUGGGCGAAAUGCAAAUGCGGGGGUGUCUUCAAAUGCCAAUUUAAGAUUCGAGGAGCAAUUGCGAUCAUUUUACACGCCAUUGAAUCAGUACGAUUUUGUCGGAACGGAUGCUAAGAAUAAUAGAGAGAUUUCUGACAACUUCGAGCAAAAAACGCGAAGUCGCAGAGACAUUAAUGAAGUUCCUAAAGAAAAGGAAAGUAUUACUCUCAGAGGAGAAUCCAGGAUUCCAGUAUUAUUAUCGCGUGAGCGUCCCAAAAUAACAUCGCAAAAUCGUGAAAAAUCCUUCAAUUUGGAAUAUGUCAAUUCUAAUUCGCGAAAGCAAACGACAGAUAUGUUAGACAGUAAUCGAAAUCGAAUAAAUUUGCGACAGGAAAAUGUCGGAUCGUAUGCAGCGAUAUAUCAACGGCGAAAACGUUUUCAACAAGAAGAAAGUCAGAUUUUAAAUCAAACAUUUGAUUCACAUACUAGUGGUUAUCGGCCAGCCUCUUAUACGAAAGCUUUGGGAACAAAUAGAGAAUACAAUGAUACUGCAGGAAACAGUGAGGCAAUUUUUUCGGACGACAAUUCGCACGGUUAUAACAGAUUCGUGGACACCGAUAAAUUUACGAACGAAAACGAAAGUUUUAAUUACGCGGGAGGACGUCAACGUUCGCUAUCCAGAAAUAUGCAGCAACAAACACUCGUCGAGGCAUAUAACUCGAUUCUCGAGCGCCAAAGAAAGCUCAUGGAUAGAAAUGUCUAUCGGCCGUUACGAACUCCUCCAAAUCCAUCGACCCGCUUGUAUCAGGACUCUCAGAAUCUGGAUACGCAAAUUCCUGCGGAUAGGAACGCGAGACACUGGCCUAAGAAUCGUAGAACGAAAGAUGUGGCAGCGGCACAGCAAAGAACCGAGAUGGACUUAAUUUCAUCAAAUUCGCAGGAGAAUAGGUGCUCUCUUUCAGAAAGUUUCGCCAGUCCUCAUCGUAGAAGAUUGCGAUCAUUAUCCCCGUCACAACUCCACCGAUCGCGACAUUUUGUCAAAUUGACUUCCAACAGAUUUCACGCCGCGUCGAUGUACGACAUUAAUAAGGCGACGAUGGUGAAUGAAGAGGAGUACAAUGUACGAAACAGGCGUCAUUUCUCGCCCGACGCGAAAGGCUACCACGUACAAAAUUCGAACAAGGAGGAAUCGCGGUACCAAGAGUUUCUGCGUUCCUUCUCAAUCGGCGCGCGCGAACGUCCGAAAAGCGCAAGCAGUUCGUCAUCGGACGUUUCCAGGAAUGAUCGACCGGAACGAGGAGAAGAUCAGGACGCGACAUUACGAGAUUACAAUGGCAAUGACAAUAGCGGAUCGUCGACCCCGCGGAGUCAGAACGCUGGCGAUCCGGCGUUCGACGUUAUCACGCAACAGACGGCGAAUCGUCAGAGCACCGCUCGCGACGACGUCGAUUCCUUUUUCACACCAUUGGAUAUCAACAAAAUGGAAUACCCAAUCGCAACGGCAGAAGCAUCGACCGUGGACGAAGUGUCAAAGGAAUGGAGCAGCGAGGAUGACAUGAAACCGGCGAGUCGAAUCGGAUCGAUUUCCAGGCAUUCAAAUCACAAUGAGCUAAUAACCGUGGAUGAAAAUUGCAAUAGAAGUACAGAAAGCAGCUCUGGCGUUCCCGAACAACCGGAGGACGACAGGUCGAGCGCGCGAAGAAGGUCAGUCGUGUCCGCGUUAUCGAACGAGCGGAUUCUACCCUACGAAGACACGAAGAUAUUCAAGGAAUCGCUACAAUCGAAGGUUACAUUCAGUCCCAAGAGAUCAGAAUCACUAUACCUGACGUCUCACAUUCACAGUGCUCAUCACUCGCCAAUCUCUAACUCACCGAUCAAGCGAAAUUCUCGCUGCGAUUCGCGCAAUUUGAUCGAGGAUUCAAGGGAUUUCAGUGAGGAGAGAAUAAUCGCUUCCAUAGUACCUGACGAGAAUGCUUCCAUUCGAUCAUUGGACACCGUUGGUCAUCCACCCAUAGACAUCAGCAUGGUCGGUGAUUCACCGGCAAUUAUCAUCGCAUCGAGGCCCCAUUCUCACGAAACCGUCGAGUACGAGAACGCGAGAAGUGUCGAAAAUGAUAACUCACAUAAUAAAAUUAAUACUCAGGAGUCCACGGAAGAAGAAUCGAGCGUAAACGAUGCUUUGGAGGACAUACAAAGUAAAGACAGCGCGAGCGAAACGAAUAUGGAGCCAGGAAUAUUGAAGAUUGAGUCUGAAUCUGCAGAAGAUGUCGAAUCGCGUAGAAGAAUGCCCUCGAAAGUACCAGUGCGCGGUUCUAGUAGGUGUCGAAUGCCUUCCAACAAGAGAGUUAUAGAGAAGCCCUCAGAAAAAUCCAAACGGAUGGUACAGCAAUGCUUUUCGCAGCUUGAGAAUAAAGACUGGGAAAUAACGAUGAAAGGUCUGAAAGCCCUGUCACAGAUCUCGAAGCAGCAUCCGGAGGGCUUGGACGUCUGUGUGGCCGGAACGAUAGGAAGGCUUUUAGGGCGACACAUAAAGAAUCUUCGAUCGCAAGUAGCACGAGCCGCAUGUCUCGCUGCCGGUGACGUUUUCAGCUCUCAGAUACGGGGUAUUGAUCAGGAUCUGGACGACAUAGCUGGACCGUUGCUUCACAGAACAGCCGACACGAAUCGAUUUCUUCGAUCGGACAGUAACUCAGCGCUGGAUCAGAUGAUGCAGUAUCUUCCGCCUCAUAAAACCAUCGGUAUCAUCGUACUUCGAGGAGCCGGUCAUCAAAACGCUAUCGUUCGCGCGGCGACCGCACGACUGUUGUCGGACAUCACCGAUCGCAUUGGACCUGAUCAUAUUAUGAUCUUACCACGCGACGUGAGGGACAAGUUGCUAAACGCGGGCGCAAAGUUGUUGAUGGAUGGAAAUCUAGACGCAAGGAAUCAUGCAAAAAGGAUGUUUCGGCGACUGACUCGCUGCGAAGGCUUUCGUAAAGCGUUGACGGACGCGGUGCCCGAAACGACGUUGAGACACAUCGACAAAACUAUGAAGACCCUAUAAUUGAACGUUCGGUUAAAUCUGCAUUCGAUGUAAUCUAGCCGUCUUACCGUUGCUCGGACUAUCUCAAAAGACUGUUUAUCACGCAGGAUGUUUUUACGAUUCGUUAGAAGCCAAUUUUAUGGCAUAGACAUGAAUUUUCUACAACGUAUACGCCGAAAAAGAUGUCGACAAGUAGUCAUAUAAAUAACUUUUCUUUCCUCCGCGCUGUAUAUUUACCUCCUCGAAAUUAAAUGGAGCGAGAGAUGUGAUUUCGAAGAUCAGGAGUCAAAGAAGGUACAAGAAAAACCCGAGGAGCGUCCCCAUCUUCGCGUCAUGACUUCGAUCUUGCUUUUUCAUCGACGAAUUUAUCGCGCGACGAAGUUUUGAUACUUGUAACUUUAAUACAUAUACGCAUGUAUAAUAAUUUUUUAUAUGAUUGUAUAAAGGAUGCGCUUUGGCGCAAAUACAUUGGAGAACUGUGCCUUCACGUUGGUGAUCAUAAAUUACGCAAUUGUAGCUCAAUUACAUUGUAAUGUUCAUGAAGCGUCGUCAAUGUGACAAAAAUUGUCAUGUGUUUCGAAAAGAGUAAAUGACGUUGUCUCGCUAUUGUCUUCACCAACUCUAUAUUAACGAGUUGCAGGAAGAAAAAAAAAAUAUAUAACGGAAAUUUUCCUGAGGAAAGGAGUUCAUUGCUGACGGCAAUGAAUCUAUUUCAGAAUCGCUAAUGCUUUCGCGAGUCGAAAGUUUAGAUUUGUUAAUUCCAUAUAUUUUUUUGUUGUAAAUUCGAUUGUUACUCUCUAAUAUAUUUUGGACUCUCGGAAAAUAUAAGAGAAAAAAAAAUAUCGGAGAGCGUCUAUAAAUUUUAUAGAACACGAAAAUCAGGUGCUGAAAGUUUAGAAUAUGUUUAUAAGAAAAAUUAUAUAGAAAGAAUUCGUCCGAAUUAUUCGACUCUGAUGUCUAAACUGAGCAUCGUAUA